AUGGCUCCUACAAUAGUACGCUCUGCUCUAAGUGUAUUUUUUGAGUAUGACACGCCUAGAAUAGUACAUAUCCGUAGUAAAAAAGUUGGUGUAAUCAAUAGAUUUCUUCAGAUUUGUAUAAUAUCAUAUAUUAUUGGGUUUGCCAUUGUGUAUAAAAAAGGAUACCAAGAAUUUGAUGAUGUUAAUAGUGCUGUAACCACUAAAUUAAAGGGGGUAGCUCUGACUAAUUUAACAGAUGAAGAAGGUAUUAAUGGUACUCGGGUAUGGGAUGUAGCUGAUUAUGUUAUACCUCCACAGGAAAACAAUGCUUUUUUCGUGACAACAAAUUUGAUUGUAACUCCAGCUCAACAACAAGAUAUAUGUGAAGAAAGCCCAUCUGUAGAGGAUGGUAUUUGCAGUCCAAGUAAACCAUGUAUACCAAAUACACCAGUCGUCAAUGGCAACGGUAUUAAAACUGGUGAAUGUAUAAAGUCCAGUAGAAAUGAAUCUGUUAAUGUAUGUAUGAUAUAUGCUUGGUGUCCUGUAGAAAAAGAUGCUAAACCUGCAGAGCCAGUGUUACUAGCAUCUCAAAAUUUCACAGUUUUCAUAAAAAACAACAUCAAAUUUCCCAAGUUUAACGUUAGUAGACGGAAUUUGCCAGACAGUGCAUCAGAUACCUUUCUCCAGAGUUGUAGGUAUGCAAAUGAUGCCGAAAAUAAAACUUGUCCAAUAUUUCAACUUGCACAGAUCGUUGGGUCAGCAAAUCAAGAUUACCGUAAAAUGGCAGAGCAGGGAGGAGUAGUACAGAUAUUGAUACAAUGGAAUUGUAAUCUAGACUACAGUCAAUCAGAGUGUGUACCAGAAUAUCAGUUCAGAAGACUGGAUAGUGACGACUACAAGGUUUCUAAAGGUUUUAAUUUUAGAUAUGCUGAAAACUAUAUUGAAAAUGGUGUCUCUAAAAGGACAUUGAUUAAAGCGUAUGGUAUCAGAUUUAUAGUUACUGUUGAAGGCCGAGCAGGAAAAUUUAAUGUGGUACCUUUAAUACUCAAUGUUGGCAGUGGUAUAGCUUUAUUAUCUGUUGCUACCAUAAUCUGUGAUAUAGUUGUAUUAUAUUUCUUAAAAGCCAGAUAUUUUUUCCGUGAAAAGAAAUAUUUAGAUGUUAAAGGAACUGAUGCCUAUGAGACAUUAGAUGAAGAAAGAGAUGAUAAAUCAGGUUCUGUUACAAGAAGAAAGAGCGCGACCAGUUCAGAUUUACAUAGUGAAGAUUAGCUGUUUUAUCAAGAAAAGUAUCAAUUUUAUUUUAGUGGCUGUUACUUACCGGUUAAUUUUUAAUUCAAAAUAAUCUUUGUGUUUUUGUUUAUAUGUGUUUUUAAAAGUUACAUUAAGGAUGCACAUUUACGGUCUUCCAAAAAAUACCAUUUGAGGAAAGGAAACAAGUGCCUUUACAUGUCACUUAUCUGUGAUAAGAAUAUAGAUAGAGCUCAUAUUUAAUAUAUAUAGAGCUCAUAAUGUAAUAUAUAUAGAGCUCAACUUUAAUUUAGAUGGAGCUCAACUUUAAUGUAGAAGUUGAGCUGUAUCUAUAUAAAACUCAACUUUAAUACAGAUAGAGCUCAACUUUAAUACAGAUAGAGCUCAACUUUGAUAUAGAGCUCAACUUUAAUACAGAGCUCAACUUUAAUACAUAUAGAGCUCACUUUGAUAUAGAUAGAGCUCAACUUUAAUACAGAUAGAGCUCAACUUUGAUAUAGAGCUCAACUUUAAUACAGAUAGAGCUCAACUUCGAUAUAGAUAGAGCUCAACUUUAAUAUAGAUAGAGCUCAACUUUGAUAUAGAUAGAGCUCAACUUUAAUUUAGAUGGAGCUCAACAUUAGUAAG